AUGAUUAUCGAAAAACACCCGCUUCCAGAGGAUUCGACUCCGACUGAUGCACCACCAUCAUACGAUACCGUAAGGCCUAUUCGAAACGGUUACAGGGACACAAAACCUCCGACUUCAUCAUCAGCGACGUCCUCCACACAAUCGCCACCGCCUAGGCAUCCCCCCACGUCGCCAACAACAAUAACAAAAGGCAAGGCGCGUGCGAAUUGGUUCAACUUUGCUGCCCAUCGCACCUCACGAGACGUCCGAAACACCGUCCUUGGUCUCGUACGCGACCUAGUUCGUGAAUACCACACCAAUUCUCCUGCGCCGGCAGGCAUACUUCAAAGCUGUGCAGAAGCCUGUGCAGCACACAAUCUCUGCCUCGCUUCCAUUCUUCAAGAAAAGUCGAUAGAGGAACAUACCCCUUUAUAUUGGGCCAUUGUGAAACGGGUCCCAGACGAGGCCACCGACGAGGAUACCCAGAUACCUGACCUUCUCACGGCGUUGCUCUCCCAUUCAACGCCACUCACGCGAGAGACGAUUUCCGAUGUACGAGUGGCCUGCCUCAUUACGUCUGACCAGGCGCUAUUCCAGCGGUUGAGGAUGUCACCAGAGUUUUCGAAGAUCUCAGGGAGGGACGAGAUGUUGCUGGGAGCGACGCUGCCGAUGGAUGAUAUCGUUGUUGAGGAUCUGGCGGGAGACGAGGGCGCGUUUGCUGUGAACUUUGAGAUCCCGCAGUUCCAGAAGAGGAUGAUGGUUUCAAAGGAAAUCGUGUUGGAAUUUAUCGCCCGAAGUCGCAUGUGGAAGCUAGAAUUCUCGAUAGCCAACGACUAUCAAGCUCACCCUCGACCGGGGUCAUGGUGCAUCUCCCUCUCUCUGCUCGAGAAUAGCCCCCCGUGCUGGAUAGACUCUCGCCUGCUUGUCCAAGAACCGGACACAACACCCCCAAUACCCUCACCAGACACAAAGUCACCUACGUCCCCCGGGCGCUCUCCUUCUUCUCCAUUCGUCUUUGGUGCAGGCCGCCUCAAAGCGAAACCCACCAUCUCCAUACGACUAAAGUCAACCCAGCAGCUGUUCGCACCCAGCCAGUCGAAGGUCGUGGUUUCGCUAGAAGACAGUCUGAUGGGCUCUAGCUUGCAAUACGCGUACGCCUCUUCUUCUUUCCAUUUCAAUGCGGUUCUGAUGCUCUCCAUUGCAGUGGAAGCUCGUACAUCGCUGCUGACGAGCAACUUCGCGCGCGCUUGGAGGCGAGACUUUGUAAACCAGAAGCCGAAUGCAUCAUAUGUUAAUGAGACGCUUUUUUUACCUAUACUUAUCUCAUUCGAAUGUUAA